AUAAAAACUACUUGCUAGUUGAAAUGGCAUGUUUGCAUACUGACCUUCACUUUUGGUCCAGUCGAAUUGCUUCUGUAAAUGCUGCAGACAUAGCAGUACAUCGAUAUCACAGCAAAACAGAAGAUUUAUCUCAAUACUGGGCAAGUCGAAAGACAUGGGAAGAGAGCCGGGACAAGACGUGGAUAUUGAGGAACAAAAAACCAGAGAAACUUAGAGACACUCUUGCUGAAACUGAGGAUCUCCUUUAUACUCAUCAACCUGUCUGUGUGAGUUGGCGAUCACCGAAGACUUUCAGUGUACUUAUUGGUAACGGAGUUUUACUGACAUGUAGCAUCAGUCGUAGUGCUUAUGACGUUGAAAGAUUUUCUAUCGACAAGACUAUUUGUAGCAAAGUAACAUUUGAAGAAGAAAUUUUUGAUGGUGUCAUAGCAGAUACCUUUCUAGUCUGUUCAUUUAUGGGCAAAUCUCAGUUACUCUUUAUUUGUCUCAAGAAGCCGAUCUCUUCUCAUGAAGAUAAAUUUGAGAAACUGAGUGCGGCAGAUCCAAAGUAUUCGAUUGUACAAAUUCCAAAUGACAGUUCUGAUCUUGUAGGCAGGAGGCUUGCUCUCAAUUCCAGGCAUUCUUUGGUAUGUUGUAUUUAUAGCAGUGAGGUUGCUGUUUGGUUACUUCCAGUAGAUGACAGAAGAUUAACAUCGACCAAGCCAUCUCUCCAAACUCCUAAUAUAUUUGUCUUUUCCAUUCAAAAUGGAAGACUACAGUUCGAAUGCAGUGAGACAACGUCAACUCUCAUAACGUGUCACUUUAGUCAAACAAAGCCACACUACCUUUACACAGUCGAGGAAGCAAGUGCAGACGAUGGAUACAGUGGAGUGAAUACUUGUUUGUAUGAAUUUGUCGACUCUAAGAUUCAGAAGGUGGCAGAAACUCACAUUUGGUUGGAAGACUGUGUUUGUAUUGCCGAGAGAAACAAUUCGGAGGAUAAGCUGCUAUUGGCUUGUCGCGAUGGACUACUGGUCCUUCAAGAUGACAACAGUAGAACUCUCCAACCUACACCAUCACAACUGGAUGAACCAACUGCAAUUCGAUGGCAUCCUGCAGAUGCUAUUGUGCUGGUGGGAAAUCGACAAGGAUCCAUACAGUGCUUUGACAUGGCAUUGACUUCCAUCUUGCUUGUGAUUGCAUCUGAUGUCCCAUCACCAAGUGUUCUAAUAGAUACAGGAAAGAUUAUCAGGUCUUCAUCUCAUUUACAAUUUAUUUAUUGGUCACCAAGUCUGACUGCAGGAGAUGGCACUGCUUGUAAUGACAGUGCACUAUUAGUAUUCAGCAGAGGUCCAUUGUGUUUAAUGUGCUUCCAGUUGGGUGUACUGAGUAGAGGUCACAUUGGUCCUCUGCAGUUGGCAACUGAGUAUAUCAACACUGGUCAAGUGAAUUCUGCUGUGAGCAUCUUGAAGCGAAUGAAUUGGAACAUGCAAGCGAAAACAUGUUUCGCUAUGACUUCUUUGAUCAUGGAUUACUUGUUAAAGGCACCGCUUGACAGCGACAAAGAAUCUCUAUGUGAAGAGACACUCGUUACGUUUCUUGCUCCAUCUCAAGCUAUCAUCGACACCGUUAUUACUCAGUACAAGGAGAGAAUCAACAAUAUGGCGAGACGAUUUUUUCAUUUGUUACUCAGGUACAGACGGUUUGAGAAGGCUUAUUUGUUGGCUGUCGACAUAAACAACAGAGAUUUGUUUAUGGAUUUACACUUCUUAGCUUUGGAGUUUGGAGAAACGGCACUUGCUCAAGUUAGCAGACGUAAAGCAGAGCAAGUUCAUGUUGACCAUUUAUCAGCAUCGCUUGAAGCUCUUGAAGUUCGGAGUAUCAGUAGCGGCUUAUCUGGCUCGGUCAGUGCUAUCUCAACAGAUCAGAUACCUCUCGAACUGCGGUCCACAGAUGAAGACACAAACGACGAACAAUCAACAGGCAGGACACAUUCAGCAACCGACAGUCCAUCCAGAUCAACAGGCAACAACAAGGACAAAGCCAGUCUAGAGCAAGCGGUCAAACGAAAUGUGACUGUAGUUCAUUUCGGUGUUAUCUAAGGGCUUUCAGAGGGAGAUCUAUUUAUGAACUCAAACAUAAGAAACUGCAGGUAUGUACUAGUGCUAGUGCACAUAAACAUCUGGCAACUAUGUUUUUAGUAGCUACUGUAUAUAAUAAUACCAUGUGUCUUAUUGACAGACAUAUUUAGUUUCAUACAGUCAGACAUCGUUAUUCCAAACACGUUUGUCCCGCCCGUUUCUGUCAAGACUAACGCGACUGUCGGAUUUUCGGUAACAAAUACACAGUGACCACCAUGUAAAUUGGUUUCACGUGUACCUUGUCAGACAGUGAGGAUGUCCGAUUAUCGAGUGUCGGAAUAAGGAGGUCUGACCGUAUUUGUAUUGAUGUGCAUAUGUUAGAUAGUUGUGCAUAAAGGUCACGUCCACGGAAACUGUUCAUGCUCCACAGGGGCGUAUAAAGUGGGUGUUCCAAGUUGUAAAUUAAUUAAUAAACUAGCACCCUGAAAUCAGUGUCGGGGAUGUUACUGAGAA